GUUCGCGCUGUGGCCUUUCCUCAUUCGAAUGCCAUCUUCUCAGCAUCUCGAGAUGCAACAGUGCGACUAUGGCGACUAGUGUCUACCCCGCCUCCGACGUAUGACUACAACAUCACUUCUCACGGGUCAGCCUUCAUCAACGCCCUCGCAUACUAUCCCCCCACACCCGACUUUCCCGAUGGCUUGGUCCUCUCUGGCGGACAAGAUACAAUCAUUGAGGCGAGGCAACCCGGCAAAGCCGCUGAUGACAAUGCGGACGCCAUGCUCCUAGGCCAUGCACACAACGUGUGUGCGCUGGACGUCUCACACGAAGGCGGAUGGGUCGUCAGUGGAAGCUGGGACUCCACGGCCCGACUCUGGCGGGUAGGUAAAUGGGAAUGUGAUCUUGUCUUGGACGGUCAUCAGGGAAGCGUUUGGACGGUGCUUGCCUACGAUAAAGACACAAUCAUCACCGGCUGCGCGGAUAAAAUAAUCCGGAUCUUCAAUACCUCUGGAAAACUUCUCAGAACUAUCAAGGACUCUCAAGAUGUCGUGCGAGCGCUGUGCAAGCUUCCUCCUUCUCACCCUUCCGGCGCGCACUUCGCUUCCGCAAGCAACGAUGGGGUUAUUCGACUUCACACCAUACAAGGACAACUUGUCGGAGAGCUUCACGGUCACGAAAGUUUUAUUUACUCGUUGGCUUCCUUGCCUUCUGGUGAGUUGGUCAGCUCUGGCGAAGACCGGACGGUCAGGGUGUGGAAUGGCAUGCAGUGCGUGCAAACGAUAACACAUCCCGCGAUCUCGGUUUGGAGUGUUGCUGCUUGCCAGGAGACUGGGGAUAUCGUCACAGGUGCCAGUGAUCGGGUCACUCGCGUCUUCACCAGAAGCGAGGACCGGAUCGCAAGUGCUGAAGUACUUCAGCAGUUCGAAAAGACGGUCAAGGAGUCCGCGAUUCCGGAACAGCAAGUCGGCAAGAUCAACAAGGAGCAACUUCCCGGUCCUGAGUUUCUCAAACAGAAAUCAGGCACUAAGGACGGUCAGGUACAGAUGAUUCGUGAGACUGAUGGUAGCAUUACUGCCCAUACGUGGUCGAUGGCAUCGCGCGAAUGGAUUGCGGUAGGCACAGUGGUCGACUCCGCUGCCAGCAGCGGAAGGAAGAUUGAGUACUUGGGUCAGGAUUACGACUAUGUCUUCGAUGUCGACGUGGAGGACGGCAAGCCUCCUCUCAAACUACCAUACAACGUCUCUCAAAAUCCAUAUGAGGCCGCAACCAAGUUCAUUCAAGACAACGAGUUGUCUAUGAACUACCUUGAUCAAGUCGCGCAGUUUAUCGUUCAGAACAGCCAGGGUGCCAGCCUUGGCCAACCUAGCCAAGGCCCGACACCUGCUGGUGCCGACCCUUGGGGAACAGAAAGACGCUACCGUCCUGGAGACGGACAAGAAUCGCAAGCUACCCAGCCUCCGCCGGCCCCGGAGCCCCGCCCCAAGGUCCUUCCUCAGAAGCAGUACCUGUCGAUCAAGUCCGCCAACCUCAAGGUAAUUGCUAAGAAGUUGCAAGAGCUGAACGAGCAACUUGUGUCAUCUGGAUCGAAAGAAUUGUCAUUAAGUCCAUCCGAGCUCGAGACUGUGGUUUCUCUAUGCACGCAUCUAGAAUCCUCGAGCUUGAAUGAAUCGCCCAUCGCAGGUACUGGUGUUGUCUUAUUAUAUAAGGUCGCAACGCUGUGGCCUACAUCGAGCAGACUCCCUGGUUUGGAUCUCCUCCGCUUACUCGCCGCCGCCACUCCUGCGGUCGCUGGUGCGGACUACGAUGGGAAGGAUCUUAUCACAGGGCUACUUUCAAGUGGAAUUUUCAACUCUCCAUUGAACGUGAACAAUGCAAUGCUAUCGGUUAGAAUGCUGGCGAAUCUGUUCGAAACGGAAGCUGGUCGCAACCUGGUCAUAAGCCGAUUCGAUGACAUUUUGCCUGCCAUCAAGUCUGCUUUGUCCGCCAGCGGAUCAACGCCCAAUCGAAACCUUACAAUCGCUGUUGCGACCCUCUACAUCAAUGUCGCUGUCUACUUGACCUCUGGAGGCAACGAAGCGGCUCCUGAGUCGUCGGAGAAGGGAUUGGUGCUUCUUGCAGAGCUUACGCAGAUGCUUCAGGGUGAGAAGGAUUCCGAGGCAGUCUACCGUAGUCUUGUCGCAUUAGGAACACUGGUCAAGGCACUGGGCGAGGAAGUCAAGGCCGCGGCAAAGGAGGUUUACGAUGUAGAAGCCCUUCUCAACACCAUCUCGAGCACUGGACUUGGGAAGGAGCCGAGAACCAAGGGCAUUAUUGGUGAGAUCAAGGAGUCGCUGUUGUAGGGUGAACACUUGGCUGAGAAGUAUCUCUCUGAGUUGAUAGAGAGUUCUUGAUAUUCUAUAUCCAUAGGCAUUAUACAUAUUUGUUAACGAUAGCGAUGCACACCUGCAUGAAAUCAACUAUUGACUAAGU